AUGGCCCCUCCUCCCGACCUCCGCCUCCUCACGGCGUCGCUCCUCCUCCUCCUCCUAUCCAGCGCGUGGAACGCACUCUCCAUCCAACUCUGCCCUCCCUGCGGCACCACCUCCGUCCCCUACCCCCUCAGCACAUCUCCCACCUGCGGCGACCAGUCCUACAAAAUCCGCUGCCUCAGCAACUCCUCCCUCCUCUUCGACACCCUCAACAACUCCUACCCCAUCGCCUCCAUCUCCCCCUCCUCCCAACGACUCGUCGUACGCCCCUCCACCUUCCUCUCCCCCUCCUCCUGCGUCACCUCUGACGUCAUCCACCAGGGUAUCCAGCUCAACGAGUCCCUCCCCUUCAACGUCACCAGCAGCAACACCAUUCUCUACUUCAACUGCACCGACUCGAUCCUCCGGUCGCCGCUGAACUGCUCGGCGUCGAGCUUGUGUCAUACUUACGUCAACAACACGAAUUCUGUGGGGGCGUGUAGGGCGGCUCCGAUUUGCUGUACUUUCCGGGCGGGCGGGUCGUCGACGUCGUACAUGGUUCGGGUCAGGGACUCGGGUUGUAGCGCGUAUACGAGCUUUGUGAACUUGGAUCCUGUUUUGCCGGUGGCGCGGUGGCCGGAGCCGGGGGUGGAGAUACAGUGGGUGGCGCCGAGGGAGCCGGUGUGCGGUAAUCAGUCGGAUUGUGACGGGAAGUCGGUGUGUGGAUCCGACCCGGUUCAGAAUGGGGUGCGGAGGUGUUUCUGUAAUUCCGGGUUUACGUGGGACCCGGUUUCAGGGUUUUGCGUUGACGAUACUGGUUCAAAGGACAGGACUGGACUAAUAGCAGGUUUGACUUCUGGUAUUGGGGCAUCACUAGUUGCUGCCACUAUUGCCAUUGUACUCUACAAGCGCCACAGACGCAUCAAAGAAGCUCAAGACCGCCUGACCAAAGAGCGAGAAGCAAUCCUGAACGCCAAUGGAGGCAGAGCCGCAAAAGUCUUCACCGGAAAAGAGAUCAAAAAGGCAACAAACAACUUCUCCAGAGACCUCCUCUUAGGUGCUGGUGGAUAUGGUGAAGUCUACAAAGGAACUCUCGAAGAUGGCACUGUCGUGGCUGUGAAGAUCGCCAAGCUUGGAAACACCAAAGGCACUGAUCAGGUCCUCAAUGAGGUCCGAAUUCUGUGCCAAGUUAACCACAGGAGUCUUGUGCAUUUACUUGGUUGUUGUGUUGAACUAGAGCAGCCUAUUAUGGUGUACGAGUACAUUGAGAAUGGGACUCUACUUGAGCAUCUGCAAGCUCGGAAAGGUGUUGGUCGAUCAGUUCUUUCGUGGAUGCAACGUCUCCAGAUUGCUCAUGACACUGCUGAGGGUCUAGCUUAUCUCCACUUCUCAGCGGUGCCUCCAAUCUAUCACCGUGACGUGAAAUCUAGUAACAUUCUGCUUGAUUAUAAAUUGAAUGCCAAGGUUGCUGAUUUCGGCUUAUCAAGAUUGGCUCAUACUGAUAUGAGUCACAUCUCAACAUGUGCUCAGGGAACUCUCGGAUACCUUGAUCCUGAAUAUUACAGAAACUAUCAAUUGACUGACAAGAGUGAUGUUUAUAGCUUCGGUGUUGUGCUAUUAGAGCUGAUGUCCUCUCAGAAAGCCAUAGAUUUCAACAGGGACGCCGAUGAUGUGAACCUUGCAGUUUAUGUGCAGAGGCUGAUGGCGGAAGAGAAGCUUAUCGAUGCAAUUGAUCCAAUGAUGAAAGAAGGAGCUACAGCUUUGGAGCUGGACACCAUGAAGGCACUAGGGUUCUUGGCAUUGGGUUGCUUGGAGGAACGCAGACAGAAUAGGCCUUCGAUGAAAGAAGUCGUGGAGGAGAUUGAGUACAUUACAAGCAUUGCCACAUCAAAGGUUGUCGACGACUAGUUCAUAUUGCUAGUUUGUGCUGUACUAGGAUUAGCAGUUGUUUUAGGUGUCUAUCUAGUAUGGUUAUGUAUUUAGCUGAAAUUAAUGCAUUAGUGUAUAUAGAGAGAGGCAAGUGUGGUAUGCCUGGUUUUGUAUGUGUAGUAGUAAUCUGUACAACUUGAGCUUGAGAGAAGGGUAUGCAAACCCAAAUAAAGUGCAAUAAUCUUUGCUUGAAAAUUAAGAUGGUGAUACAGUUUCAGUU